AUGAAGAAAGUAAGUCUGGUUACCGAUCCAACCUGGGACGAUAAGGUUACAGAAUUCCUUCAAUCCACAAUCCAUUCUGUUCCCAAAUUGCCAUGUGAAAGUUGUUUCAAAACAUCUGUGACAUUUUGGUCCCCAAAUUGUAAUGUUGUUUUCGAUACCAUACCUGAGGAAGAACAAUGUAAGCCAUGUUUAAGAACACAUAAGUUCCAAGAAAGAUAACUGUUUCGUCAGUUCCUGCUAAGAGUAAAGCUUCCCUGUCAAGCUGUGGUCUGGACAAGUUACGAGCAACUGUUAAGAUUACAGUGUAAACAGUUAGACGACAGAGUUAAAGAGCUCGAGACAAGAAUGAAAAAGGAUGGAGUAUCAAUUUGUGAGACAUUAGAGAAGGACAUUUUGAAGAUAAUGGGUGGUCAGAAUUUGGAGGCUACACCUCAUAUGAAGUUUUUCUGGCAGCAACAGAUGGAGUUAUUGCAAACUGAGAAAAUGGCCGGAAGAUAUCACCCCCAAAUUAUACUUUUUGCAUUGUCCCUUCAUGGUAAAUCCCCAGCUGCUUAUAGAGAGCUCAGAGAUAGUGGAGCUUUGAUCCUUCCAAGUGAAAGAGUACUUAGAGAUUAUAAGAACUAUUCCAAACCCAAAGCAGGUAGGAUAUGUUUUAAUUGGAGAACCUCCCUGAAAAUCAUGAUAAAUGUGAUGGGCGCUUUUUCUGUAAAGAUUACAUAAUAUUAUUAUUAGGUUUAAACCGGGACAAUAUCGAGUCUCUACAGGAGAAAGCCUCUUCAGCAGCUGGAAUUCAACGUUAUGUGGUGCCCGUCAUGGAUGAAAUGAAGAUACAGUCAAACCUUGUUUUCGACAAGUAUCCAGGAGAUUUGAUUGGCUUUGUGGAUCUUGGGGAUCCAAUGACAAAUUAUGCAUGUCUUGGGGACGAAGAUGUUAUGGCAACUCAUGCACUGGCAUUUCUGGUAAAAGGAAUGUGCACUGACAUGAAACAUGUCAUUGCAUAUUAUUUUACUGAAAAUGUAACUUCUUACCAGUUAAUGUCAAUGUUUUGCAAGAUUGUUGGAGUUUUUGAGGUGUCCUUAAACUUUUGGAUCAUUACUGCUGUCAACGUGAGUGAUCUAGAGAGUGAUGUUGUAUUUAAGGUUCAUAACCUUUUUGCCAUGGAUCGCUUCAUUUUCUUCCCUGAUGCUUGUCAUCUAAUCAAGACUGCCAGAAAUUGCCUGUACAACUCCGGUUCCGGUUCUCGCAGUCGUCUUAUGUGGAACAAUUGUAGCUAUUUAUUGUUCAGGCACAUUGCUGACCUUUUCUACACCAACUAAGAGUUCGCCCUGCACAUUUUUCCAAAGUUGUCACUAGGCCAAAGUUGUCACUAGACCAUAUUGUCCUUACCCCUUACAGUUAAAUGAAAGUCAAGCUGGCAACCCAAGUUUUAAGUCGAUCUGUGUUGGAGGAGAGUGGAAAGAGGAAGUUUUGGGUACGGCACAAUUUUGCCGAAUGAUGAAUGAUUUCUUUGACUGUACAAAUGUAAGGUCCUUGACUGAACAUGUCUGGAGAAUAAAUUAUUUCAUCAAACCAUACACUGCUCAAGACAAUGAACGAUUUGUAUGGAUGAAGACUGUUUUCUUACAGUACCUGGAGAACUGGAGGCAGAGUACAAUGACACGAGAUGGAGUGUGUUCCACUGAUGAUAGGGGAAAGAUGUUCCUUUCAAUUCAAACCUACAAAGGUUUGAAGAUAUCUAUUCAUGCCCAUAUUGAAGCUAUUCGAUUUUUACUUGCUGAAGGCUUUCAAUAUGUUCUUAGCGAAAGAUUCAUGCUGGACGUGCUUGAAGAUUACUUUGGACAUCAACGGCAAAAGGUGGACGUUCCGACAAUCCAACAGCUGAACAGUUUGGUUAUAACGACCUUACCAUAG